UUUUAAAUAAACAAUGCAAAGAGACAGAGGAAAGGCAAAAGCAAAGUUCAGUUAAUUACAGACAUGAGAAAGAAGAGAAACAAACAACACAAUACAAAGAGUAUACAUACACACUCUCACUCACAUGGUAGUGUGAGAGAGAGAGAGAGUGUGUGCGUGAGUGAGGAGCGAGAAAGUACAUGCCAUCUGUUGUACCAGAGAGGGCACUAUUUAGCUUCUCCAAAGCCAACCCUCUUUCUCUAGUUGCAGCAGAAAAAAAAAAUUAAAAAAAGGAAAAAAACACUUUUUUAAUUAUUAUAUUGCUUAUCUUUCUCUCUGUCCAUAUCUCUCUCUCUCUUUGUUUCCAGAUUCUCUUUACCUCUUUUAAGCAAAACCCAUUAGUCCUCUUCACCUUUUUAAUACCCUAAUUUUUUUUUUUCCAAUGCUGAUCACCAUCUACAUUUUCAAGGUUAUGUUGCAUUAGUGAGUCCAACUACUUGUGAACAUAUCCAGUAGUUUAUCCUUGUGUUUGUAGUUGUUGUACGGCAAGGAUUAGAGACUGUAGGUCUCCAGUCUCUUUAUAGUAAUGUUCAGCUCAGCACUUGAGGAUUUGGGUAAUGAACGCUUUGGGGGUUCACAUCAUGAGAACCGCAUUUUUGCAGAAGUUUUCUUUGGAAAAGCUACUGGGGGCACAAGUAAAAGGAGUCUUGUCAGCAGCUUGAAAAAAUUAGAGUGUGAUGACAGUAAGAUUCCUGACAUGUCCUUAUGUUCCAACAGUGAAAGUUCAGCUGUAACAAGCCAGUCUUCCUCCAAAAGCUCCUUAGUGGAGGAUACUGAUAUAAAUGAGAAUUAUGGGGAGGCUUCUGUUUCUGGUAAUUUUCAAGAAAGAUUAGAGAGAGAAGAUCAGAAUAUGAGUGUCAAGCGAAUGAAGUUUUCAGUUGAUGAUCCAUCUAUCAGUAAACAUGAUACAGUAAAAGUUUUCUGCUCAUCCGGGUUACCUCAAGAGAUUGUUAAUGAUGUGCCUUCUGCAAAUAGAGAUUCCUGUAGACAAACCAUUGCAUUUCAUAUUGUUGAAUCAUCCUGUCAGGGUGCUAUAUCCAGUUGCUAUCUAUCAAAGAAAGAUGUAAAAAUAGACAGAGGUAGAGAUGUAUGUAAUAAGGAUGUCCUGAACUGCAGAUUGCAAAUUGCUGAUAAAAAAGUAGGCAAGGAUGUGGGUAUUUGUAAAGCUGUUGCUUCACCUGUUUCCCAAGAAAGUAUUGCAACUAAGCUUUUGCUUACAACUCCUUCCACAGCAAUUUUAGAGAUGUCUGGGACUAUUCAUGCUACAGAGAGAUUGGAGGAACUAAAUUCACCAGCAUUGCAUAUAUCCAAUACUUUGAGGACAGAUCCUAAGAUGGAUCCUCGUCCUGUUCUUCAGAGGCAUAUCAUUCGCUUGCUUUUGACUGCAGGCUGGUGUGUAGAGAGAUAUAAGAGGCCGAGUCGGAAACAUAUGGAGACUAUUUAUCAAUCUCCUGAGGGGAGGAUAUUUCGUGAAUUCCCUAAAGUUUGGAGGUUGUGUGGUCAAACUUUGUAUGCUGAAAGAUAUGAUUUCGUUCAGGAUGACAAUGGUAAGGAAUGGACAGACAUCUGCCACUUUUGGUCUGACCUCUCAGAUGCAUUAAUGAACAUUGAGAAAGAGUUAGAUCAAACUGAUGCAUUGGCUCAUCAAUGGAGUCUUUUAGAUCCCUUUGUUAAUGUUGUAUUCAUUAAUAGGAAGGUUGGUGCCCUAAGAAAGGGAGAUACUGUUAAAGCUGCACGAAGCUUGAUGAUUGGCAAGAAUGAAACAAAUAAUGCUGUUUUGGCUGGUGCAGGAAAACCAUCUGCGCAGACUCUAUUGACUCAGCAUAGUGAUUCUUCUAUGGCCAUUGAAAGUGCAUCUACAAUUUGUGAAGGAAAUUACCAUGCCUAUAUUCGGCAAUAUGGUGAUAUUAGCUUAUCAAAAUACGGUGAGCACAUAGAAUCUAUGUGUAUGGUUGAUGCUGCCAGUGAGUUGAGAAACCAGUCUUGCAGAAUGUGCAAGGAAAGACCAGCUUCCUCACAACCUAGUGUGUCAGAGAGCAGUUGUAUACAGUUAUGUGGAUGGCACAGUAAUAUCUCAGUCACUGAUGGAAAUGUUAAUCUGUUGGGGGGAUCUGAAUCUGUUUCCCCUCAUCAAGAUAGCAGCUUGGUUGAUUUAGAUGAUGGGACUGCUCACAUGGAUUUUUCUUAUGGCCAAGAUGAGCUGAAUUGUACUCAAUUUGUUAAUUUGGAUCUUUCCCAGAAAACAGAGCUCAAUGAAGAGGAUGGACAGUGUAUUGAAGCUUCCAGGUUCAAACCCAAGGAUAAAACUACUUUUAAAAAGAAGAUGCGCAGGAAGUCUAGAAAGAUAUCUGAAAUCAGAUCAACCACUUUAAACCAAAGUGGAAAUUUCAAUACACUUGGCAACCAAUUGGAGUCGAAAGAUGCAAAGAAAGACUUGGUUGCUAAUGCAAGAUCUAGAAAAAGCUGCAACAAAUCAACGUCUAUGGAUAGUCACCUGCAUCAGGUUGACAGAAAAGGCUCAAAACUAAAGAAGAUGCAUCAUAAUUUUGAUGGCUGUAAAGGCAAACGAAAGAGAACUAGAUGCCUGAUUCAUGAUGAUGAUCUAUUGGUGUCAGCUAUUAUUAAAAACAAAGAUUUCAUCUCGAAUGGCCCCAAAUCUACAUAUAAAAAGAAGGCCUUCAAAUCAAGGGCUAAAACAAGGACUAAGAGUCAGAAAGGGAGCUGCAGGCUGCUCCUCAGAAAUUUAAGCAAAGUGGGGAAACAUUGCAAUGAUGGUAAGUGGUCCAUAAUGGGACCUAGAACAGUUUUGUCAUGGUUGAUUGACAUCGAGGCCAUAUCUCUAAAUGAUGUGAUCCAGUAUCGAAAUCCAACAGAUGAUACUGUGAUUAAAGAUGGUCUCAUUAAGAAAGAAGGCAUCAUGUGUAAGUGCUGCAAUAUGGUGCUCUCAGUUACUAACUUCAAAAAUCAUGCUGGGUUCAAGCAGAGUCGCCCCUGUUUAAAUGUUUUCAUGAAAUCUGGAAAGCCCUUUACUCUGUGUCAGCUGCAAGCAUGGUCAGCUGAAUACAAGACCAGGAAAAGCAGGACAAUUAAAGUGGUGCGAACUGCUGAUGAUGAUGAAAAUGAUGAUUCAUGUGGGUUGUGUGGGGAUGGUGGUGAGUUGAUAUGCUGUGAUAACUGUCCUUCUACCUUUCAUCAGGCUUGCUUGUCUACAGAGGAGCUCCCUGAAGGCAGCUGGUAUUGCCCAAACUGCACCUGUUGGAUAUGUGGGGAGUUGGUCAAUGAUAAAGAGGAUAUCAAUUCUUCCAACGCAUUUAAGUGUUCACAGUGUGAGCACAAAUAUCAUGAUUCAUGCUGGAAAAACAAAACUAUAGGGAAAGGAGGUGCUUCUGAUACUUGGUUUUGUGGUGGAAGCUGUCAAGCGGUUUACUUUGGUCUUCAAUCUCGUGUGGGCAUCAUUAAUCAUAUUGCUGAUGGCGUUUGUUGGACACUGCUUAAAUGCAUUCACGAAGACCAAAAGGUUCAUUCUGCUCAACGACUUGCCCUUAAGGCGGAAUGCAACUCAAAGUUAGCUGUUGCUCUUACUAUUAUGGAGGAAUGCUUUCAAUCUAUGGUAGACCCAAGAACAGGCAUAGACAUGAUACCUCAUGUUUUAUACAAUUGGAGGUCGGAAUUUGCUCGUCUAAAUUUCCAUGGCUUUUAUACUGUGGUCUUGGAGAAAGAUGAUGUACUUUUGUCUGUAGCAUCCAUCAGGAUACAUGGAGCAACAGUUGCAGAGAUGCCUCUCAUUGCAACUUGCAGUAAUUACCGUCGCCAGGGAAUGUGUCGGCGCCUUAUGACUGCUAUUGAGGAGAUGCUCAUCUCCUUCAAGGUGGAAAAGCUUGUUGUAUCGGCCAUUCCAGAUUUAGUGGAGACAUGGACAGAGGGUUUUGGCUUCACACCUAUGAGUAAUGAUGAGAAGCAAAGUCUGAACAAGAUCAACCUGAUGGUGUUCCCUGGAACAAUAUUGCUGAAAAAACCAUUGUAUAUAACAAAUAAGUCAGAAACGCUAUUGGAGGAGCAUGCCAUUGACUACUUAGAGCAGUCUAAUAGAAACUGCUAUGUGGAGCAAGAUGGUCUCAAAAUGGAGGCCAAAAAUGUUGAAAACACAAAUAUGCAAGAAUUUGGAGUUAGUGCUGAACGGAAAAUCGCAGAUGGUGUUGAAGGACCAGGGCACUUAUCUCCCUCGUUAACUAACAAACAGGCCGAGUCAGUAAAUCCAUCGGAGAGAAACUUUUGCUCAAAUAAGGGUGAGACUAAGUCGGAGGAUAAUAUAUCAAUAGUAGGAGAAAGCAAAGGUAGUAAUCUGCGGGAACAAUUUUCAAAGCAGUUCUGCGAAGAGUCAGUUUCAGUUGUAGGAAGAAGCCAGUCUGAAGUGGCUUGUAAUGUUCAAUCUGUAAAUGAUGAGCUUUCUUUGGACAGGAAGGUACAGCAAGUUUUUGAGAUAAAUGAGAAGUAGAAAUAAGUUUUAUAAAA